UCUUAGCAGAAGGCAAUGGCAACAACGCUCAAUUUCUUGCUGAGGCCCUUAUGCAUCUCCACAACCUCUUCAAUCCUUUCAAAGUUUCCCCUUCGUAGAGCCACUCACCUCUCUUCUGUCUCCACUCCUUCUCUUCUCUUCUCUCAGUCUGUCUCCUUUUCUCGUACACCCACUAGAGCCUUUACUCCAACCGCUUCUUUGUCACAACUACAAGAAGAACAAGGAGAGGACCAGGAUAUUGAUUAUGAAAUUGAGGAAUCUGAAGCUGAGCAUAUAUAUGAAGAGGCAGAGAACGUUGGAAGCGACGAAAGGAAGAGUUUUGAUAGUGGGAAGGGGGUCGAGUUACCGACUUUGACGGUGAAGGAAAAGAAAGAGUUGGCGUCUUAUGCACACAGUUUGGGGAAGAAGUUGACUUGUCAAAUAGUGGGCAAGGGUGGUGUUACUGAAAAUGUCGUGGCAUCUUUUAUUGAGAAUCUUGAAUCCAACGAGCUUCUAAAGAUUAAAGUUCUCGGAACUUGUCCUGGGGAAUUUGAAGAUGUGGUGAAGCAAUUGGAGGAAGCAACUGGUUCUGUGGUGGUUGGUCAAAUUGGUCGGACUGUCAUUAUAUAUAGGCCAAGCCUCACCAAAUUGGAGUUAGAGGAGAAGAAGAGACAAGCUCGUAGAGUUUAUGUGAGAAGAGAAUCAAAAUUUAAGCCUACAUUACCAAAUGUUCGAGUGCCACGACUUUCUGGACGUGGACGUCGGGGAAGCAGCCGAUUCUGAGCUCAAACUCCCUUGUCUAUCGUUUCUUAGAACUCUGUUUACAGCAGCCCUGGUGCUCACAUAUGGGGAUCUCUUUAUCUUCUCAUACAAGGACUUUGCUUGUUUGAGCUACUGUAUCUGGGAAAACUCAUCUUGGACUUCCUGGUGGCAAAUAUAUCCAGAGAGACUUUUGGUUAUGGAAGGGUGCAUAUGGCUAAUCCCAGACCAGAUAUGAUUUGCAUGUGACAAUAAUUGGUUCAAAGACUGCGAGGUAGGUUUUAUGUGAUCCUUUUCGGGUGGAAAUAUUUUCGUGUAGUCUAUAAUGUAUGUACUUAAUAUUUGCUUCUGAACAGCAAGAGAUUAAUUGCCAAUGAAAUUAGGUGGUCUCAUAAUAU